AUGUCAAUGGCAAAAAAAGAUCUAGCAAAAGAUAAUGAAAAACGUUCAUGUGAAUUAGCUACUGAUUUUACUCAUUUACAAUUACAACCAAUACAUAAAAUCAUGACAUUAAAAUUUGCACUUAAUCAAACACGGAAAGUAUUAAGUGUACGUGGAAAGAAUCCAAUUGAUGAACAUCUAUUAAAUUAUGAUGAAUAUAAUCCAUUUAAUAUUUGUGCAGCAUCCAAUGUACCACAUUUAUCGAGUUUUAAAGCAAAAAUAAAACAAAAACCUAUUCUAAAAACGAAUUUUCUUAAAUUAAUAUCUUUUGUAGAUAAUCAUCAUGGUGAUGAAAAUCCUGAGUCUACUAUAGAAAAACAUGAUCUUAAUGAAGCAUUUCCAAGAACUUUUAUAAUAACAACAAUGAAACGAGAAACAACAUAA